AUGGAAGGGAUUAGCCAAGAUGAUUUGUCUACAAGCCAUGAGUCUUUAGGAGAUGAUAACCUGGAAGACAGUCUUCCUUUGGGAGAAAUAAUCAAAACCAAGGACAGAUAUGGAAAGAAAAAGGUGAGAGAAAGGGGGAUUAUCUCACAGAAUUCGUUGCCCGACGAUGAGAUGGCAGAUGUCAUUGUCACCGAGCUUCAGUCAUGGAAGAAGACUUCUCACCGGCCUCGACGUCUCGAUAAAUACAGGUUGGAAGAGCUGGCCAAGCCCAAGGUCAACCAUCAGAUCAUGGUAGACAGGCCUUCAGUGUAUUGGACAGAUAAGAUACCCGAAGACACUACCCUCAGUGUGACUUGUCCUAUUGUGACGCCAAGACUAGAAGAACUCUCUAGACCCAAACGAUUCUAUUCAACCUACUACAAUGAAUGCAGGUCUACACCUAUUUGGCCCAUUUCACGGGCAUCACUGGAGGCCAAGGCUACACCUCGUCUGAAGGUACUUGCACAUCCAAAGUUGAGAAGCAACAUCUGGGUUGUUGACCCUACCAAGAUCCAGGUGUCAAAGGCAGCACGAAUGGCCGAACCCAGACCUCGUACCCUGGAGCUGGCAGCCCCCAAGACCAAAACCCUGACAUCUUCUGAAUUGUUCUUCAUAAACAAGGCUAAGCAGCACCCUCCAGAUCUUACCAGGAUCUACCACUUAGCUAUGCCCAAAGUUACUUCAACCGACUAUGUCUAUGACAAGCCCCCCUCCUGGAUCAUCUCAGAGGAGACCAAAAAUGCUGUCCCCACCAGCCGGAUCCUCUACUUAGCCAAGCCCAGAGAAAGGAUAGAUUGCAACGAGGGCCACGACCCCUACUGUAUCUCAGUGGCUGCGAUGAAGGCAGAGCCAUCUCCUCGAAUCUUUGAGCUUGCUGUCCCUAAAAGGGUAACCAGAAAAUUCUGA